UAGUCAUUCUGCAUGAAAGCUGCAUGCUCACUGCUCUGCUCAACUUCUCUCCAACUUUCGGACCAUUGGACUAUCUGUAGAUGUUUUUCCCUUUUUUUUUUUUAAUGUUCCCUACUUGGCAGAGGACCAUUUGAUUUACCCUGUUUAUUCGGAUACAGUUAUUUAACACUCAAAAAAGGACAAUGCCUCGGUCUUUCCUGGUUAAAAAGUACUUUGCCAAACAAAAGCCAAACUACAGUGAACUGGAAUAUCAAAACGAUACGUCACUGGACAGAUAUCCUCUUGCUGAGCUCUCGUCAGGAAACAACACCUGCUUGACAGCCGGCCUGGUGUGGGACCUCAGAGUCCUUCCUGCCCUCUACUUGCCCGCCUCCCAAACAGAGCCCUCCGCCACCCCGGGCCCUUUGGACCUCAGCUCCCCGUCCAGCAUCAGCAGCAAUGCCAGCAGUAGCGGCGAGGAAGACGAAGGCCGCACUUCGGACCCCCCCAGCCCGGAACCGGUCUAUGCCCCUCGUCAGCGGAUGAAAUGCACCGGCGUUAUAGCCCAUGUCAGUCCUCCGGAGGAAGAGGAGGCCCCCGUUACGGCGACCAGGCCUGCCUUUCUCUGCAAACACUGCCCUAAAGAGUACACCAGCCUGGGGGCUCUAAAGAUGCACAUCCGCUCACACACCCUGCCUUGUGUGUGCACCACAUGUGGAAAGGCGUUCUCCAGGCCGUGGCUGCUGCGCGGCCACAUCCGCACGCACACAGGCGAGCGUCCGUUCUCCUGCCCUCACUGCAACCGAGCGUUCGCCGACCGCUCCAAUCUGCGAGCUCACCUGCAGACCCACGCCGAAGUGAAGAAGUACCAGUGCGGCGUCUGCUCUCGCACCUUCAGCCGCAUGUCGUUGCUGCAGAAACACAGCUCCUCAGGGUGCUGCUCCGCCUCGGUGUGAGGGCGCCCCCCGGUCGGGGGCGAGGACGGGGGGACAGAUAUGGCGGGACAAAAGCCCCCCGCCCCCAGCUCAGGAUAGUGGACACGGCGACAGACAC